UAUUCAUUCGUAUAUAACCAUUAAAUUAAGAGCCAUUAGCAACACUUGAUUUGUUUUUAAAUCAGUGUGUGUGUUUAAGAUUUCGCGCGUUACUGUCAUAAUACGUCAGACUGGGAUUAGGGGAUGUGGGUUGGCCCUGUAAUAUCCAAGGCUAUCCUCCAACUCUAACUCAAUCGGAGCUCAGCUGCGGUUGUUGGUCUGUCGCUGUCGAGCACAGACGGACCAUUUCAGCGAGAUCCCACACACUGACACACACACACAGAGCUGAACCGGUUUGUCGGAAGAACAGCCUCUGGCUUUGGCACGACUCAGGUAGAGACAUUUUAGAAUAAAUAUGAGGACAAAUGUAGGAUAAAUCUACGGGUCUCUGAAUGGAUGAUGCAUAUGAAGCUCGCGUUUUCCGGAGCGCACGUUUGGUUUUCGCAGAGUGAUGAAUGAAAAUCAGAGGAAAACACGAGACGGAAACAAAACCCGACCCUGCCGUGGAUUCGAGAGUGCAGUGAUGCUGUGGCUACAACUGUGACUGAAUAAAGACAGAGAGAUAAAAUCCGAGAACAGCGACAAGAAGAAGUUCCGCGGACUGAAUUCUGUGACUAUGCCUUUAACGGAUCAGAUGCGACAGAUGUUUCUUCAGUGAGGGCAGGUGAAUUGAUCCUCAGGACCGAGCAGACCUCCCCCCUCACACACAGACCAGAGGAUGGUCCCCGGGGCCCCCAGCACGACCACCACCAUGCUCCCCGCAUCCGAAGCUGCCAAAAUCUACCAGACCAACUACGUGCGCAACUCCCGCGCCAUCGGCGUCCUGUGGGCCAUCUUCACCAUCCUCUUCGCCAUCGUCAACGUGGUGUGCUUCAUCCAGCCGUACUGGAUCGGAGACGGCGUGGACACCCCGCAGGCGGGCUACUUCGGUCUGUUUCACUACUGCAUCGGGAAUGGGCUCUCCCGGGACUUGACCUGUCAGGGCAGCUUCACCGAGUUCAGCACCAUCCCCUCGGGUGCGUUCAAGGCCGCCUCCUUCUUCAUCGGCAUGUCCAUGGUGCUGGUCCUCACCUGCAUCGGCUGCUUCGCGCUCUUCUUCUUCUGCAGCACCGGCACCGUGUACAAGAUCUGCGGCUGGAUGCAGCUGGCUGCAGGUACAUGUCUGAUCCUGGGUUGCAUGAUCUACCCAGACGGCUGGGACAGCGACGAGGUGAAGCGGAUGUGUGGCGAGCAGACGGACAAAUACACACUGGGCGCCUGCUCGGUGCGUUGGGCCUACAUCCUGGCCAUCAUGGGCAUCAUGGACGCUCUCAUCCUCUCCUUCCUGGCCUUCGUCUUGGGAAACCGCCAGGACAAUCUGAUGUCUGAGGAGCUGCUGGGAGACAAGAGCGGUAAUAAUGCCAUAUAACCUCUAGUAUGAGUAAAGCAGUCACACACACAGGUCUUGCUGCCUAGAUGUGAUGUUACUUCAGGAUUCAGCUUCCCUCUCCUGGUCCAGCUUGUGCCUGGGAUGCAGAGCUGAUUAGUGAACAGAUCAAAGAAGAGGAGGAAGAGAUCUGGAAGAGGCCACACCACCUUGUGGAGGAGGACCUGGAUGUCCCUUGUCCUCCCUGAAAGCUCCCUCUGUAAAAUAGCCUUCUCAGUCAUCUUAAACUGCUUAUUUCUGCAGGAUGAAUUCUUAAAAAGACUUUCUGAGUUUACCUGUGUUGGUAUGUCAUUGCAUCAUCUUACCUGAGUUGUUCAAAAUGAAUUGUUCUCCAUGUGGACGUGAGGAAAGCUGCCAGUGCACAGGUUCAGCUGGAGGGGGGAAAAGAAAUCAGUAAGACUCUUGAUGUGGUAGAUCAGCUCCAGGACACUCAUUGGACAAACACCACGGAGUGGCAGCCGCUCAAAUUGAAUUAAAUCAAAACAAAUUAUCCAGACUUUGACCGACGCAAAUAAGGACUUAACAGACUUGAGGUAAAAGCUGUCAGAUCUUCUUUCUUAUCAAGUCAACAAACUCCCUACAUAAAGGAGUUUGGCUUAGACACUGUUUGACCUUUGAUUUAAAGGAGAGUGAUGUCAGUAAAGAAGUGAGGACUGAAGUCAUUUCUAGGCUGGAUUAAAAAAAAAAAAAAAGAAAAAACCGGUAAUGCUUUGUUAUAAUUAAAUAUUUGUUGUGAUAGAAUCAAGAGGUAGUAAUUAGAGGUUUUGCUGGUGACAACUUUGCAUAAAGAGUAAAAAUAAAAGUGCUCUAAAUAAGAGAAAACAUCAAUUGUAUAAGUCUAUAAUCUGUGUAUAGCUAUAUGUUGAUUACGUCUCUGUACAUUGUCUUGACUUUGAAACUGGUCCAUUAUUAGUGUGUGCCAUACUGUAUCUUGUAAUCUGACAGUAUUGUGUGGAGAACUGAAACGGUAUAGGAAAUGCUUAACUGGAAAAAGUGACACUCUUGCGCUGAAUCUUUUUGUUUUCUAUCAUUUUUCACUGUCUCAAUGCUUAAAAAAACACUAAUAACUCACAUAAAGAUUUGAGUCUAACUUAACGUUAAAGUUGAUAAUGUAUGACGGAACUAAAGAAACAGACAUUUUUACAGUGAAAAGUUGAAAUUUUGCUUUCUAGCAGCGAGUUAAUUAGCUAGGUGACAAAAUAGCUAAUGGCUGGUUAGCUUGGCUAAAGCUAUCACGAAGACUGGUGAAAGCUAGCCAAGCAAAUGAAGAAAAAAUUAAUUGACCAACACUUAUAAAACUUUGUUUACAAACCGAUGUGUAAAGGCGACCGUUAGGCCGUUACGUACCCGACUAUGUCUUGGGUGUUGAGAAGUUGCCACCAGAGUUUAGCCAAGUUACUGCUUUUAAUAUCGAAGAAAUACUCAGGCUAAUAACCACCUAUAAACCGUCGAAAUGUUGUUUUUACACUUUGGUUUUUCUGCGGUUUAACCAAAAGAGACAUUACAUGCUAAUGACAGGGUUUUCAAGGUGCUGGAGGCGGAUUUUGUUACUUUAAGACCAAGAUAAGCCUUCAGCGUUUGAGCUAACCUCAGCUAACAGGUGUUGCGCCUUUUACAGUAACACGUCAGAUUGUGCGACACGUAAGUCAUGGACAUGUUAUUAGGCCAUAUCAUCCCUACUGGUUUUCACUGAUAUCUUUAACACUUUGGUCAGUGUAACCAUGAAACCGGUCUUAAAUCCCAUUUUGUGUGCUAGUAAAACCGUAUUAAAGUUUUAUAUUUAACUUUAACCAUGUAUUAUCACAUUUAAGUAUACUUUAUUUUGAUGGGCAGGUCUACCAGCAAAAUGGUAACCCCAUAGUAUUUACAAAAGGUGAACUUUUUUUUUUUGUUUUGUUUUUUUUUUUGUUUUUUACACAGCUGUUAACAAUUAAAUUGUGACCUUAAACACAUAUUCCAGGAAAUUCCCUAAUAAGUCACAAAAUCUGAUGGGUGGCAAAACUGUGUGUAACACUAUAAUACUAUAUACAUGUAUGAGAGUUGAAGCUUUUCAUCUAUUUUGCCAUCAGAAAGCUAAUGUUAAAUUCUAAAACUAUUCCUUUAACUCUUUAAAAAAGUAGGAUAGUUUUGAGUGUCACACAGCAACUUUACCCUUGUGAAUGUGCCUCCUUUGACACAACCCCAGUUAUUUUAGGUGUUACCACAUCAAGCUGAAGGGGUUUAAGUGUUUGUUUCACCAAGUUAAAACACACACCAUUACUCCAGUAAGAAGACACGAGAAGUCUUUGUACCUUCCUGCCCUAUCAUCAAGUCACAAUCCUGAUCCCAAAGGUCUAGUGGGUAGUAUUCUUUUGCUCCUGACUUGAACCUUUUCUGUAUGGAUCUGUCCAGAUGAACAAAUGUGGAAUAUGUAAACUUGACACUGAAAUACAUCAUGUGAGACAUAAUAAAAAAUAAUAAUAAAAAAAACACUAGCUUUUCCUAUGAA